AACACCUUUAAAUCCGACUCCACUUUAUAAGCUUAUGACAAUUGUAUUGAAAUCAGUCUCCUCUUUGUUCAUGAAAUUUCAAGUUUGGAUUGAAGUUUAAAAAAGUUAAUAAAUAUUAGAUGUUAAAAUCUUACCAAAAUGACUUCAGACGAUAAAAUCCUUCCAUUGAGGCCGAUAAUUCUCUAUGGUGUAGUUUAUUUUUUCAUUAUACUCCCAUUUUUUACCUUCAACAAUGUUCAGGAAUUGGUGGCUGAUUCAAUAAAUGAGGAUUAUGAACAAGCUUGGAAUGGAUUCAAAUGGAGCGGUUAUAUCAGUUUAAGCAUACUUAAUUGGACUGGUGCAGUUUUUUCAUGGUUCACUCCGCCAUUGAUUUCAUUGAUCAACUCUAAACGAGCUCUUGCCUUAGGAGCGUUCGGUUUCAAUCUUGCAUUGGGCACAUUUUUGUUUCCCUUCAAAUAUGGACUUUACAUUGCCUCUGCCAUCUCAGGCAUAUCAGCAUCGCUUAUGUGGAACGCUCAAGGAACAUAUCUGAGUUUUACUAGCAAUGGUGCAAGUGCUACCAGAGAUGCUGGAAUCAUGUGGUCAAUAAUGCAAAGUGGAGCUGUUUUUGGUAAUGUUGCUGUUACAUAUCUAUUUCAAGGGAAAGAGCAUAUAUCGGUAAACACUCGAACUUUAUUAUAUUCGAGUCUUAUAUCAGUCGGAAUAAUUGGUAUUAUGUUAACAUUUUUCUUGAAAAAACCAGAUGAAGUAGAAAAAUCUGAACCAGUAUUCAAAGUAUUCGGGCAAGCGAUCAAACUUAUGACUACAAAAAGGAUGGCUUUGCUGUGUAUCUUUAUGUUGUAUACAGGUCUAGAGCUUUCAUUUUUUAAUACAAUUUAUCCCACAUCAGUUGGUUACACAAAAGCGUUUGGAGUCAAUAGGAAACAAUAUGCUGGUGAAACUGGAAUGUUGAUUGGUGCUGGUCAAGUGGCUGCUGGGAUAUUAUUAAUUGUGAGCCGUCGUAUGAAGAAACCACAAUAUAUUUUGGUCUUUGCUUACGUUGUAGCUAUUUUGACAUAUGUUUCAAUUUACGUCAACCUUCCUAAUAAUGCAUCGACUAUGGACACUGACGAUCCAGCAAUUAUUCACCCCAGCUUAACAUUGGCCUUUGUUAAUGCGUUUGCUCUUGGAUUCACGGAUGGCUGUUUUGAGACACAAAUAGGCAGAUGCAUUAUCACAUAUUAUUCAAACAAUGCGGCACCGCCAUUUGCUAUUUACACCAGUUUACAAGGAGUUUCAAUGGGAAUCAUGUACCUACUUUCAGAUUAUAUUGGUCUUCAUCUCUAUUGCAUCUUGUUAUUAAUUACAUGUACAAUUGGAAUUUCUGCUUUCUUCUUCAGUUUUCACGUUAAAGACACACUUAUAAUAACUAAUGAAUCAAGGGAAGCGAUAAUUUCUGGCCAAACUGAACCCAACUGUGAUUUGAAGAAUUGAGCUAACAGAUUAUAUAAAUCAUCGCAAUAUUUUCAAAACAUUUCUCGUUUCAAGUAAUAUGAUUCUCAUUGAAUGAUAAAUCAAGAUAUUUUUUGUAAAUUUAAUCAAAUUGUUUAAUGUAAAGAACAUUUUGUCGCGAUGAAAAUCUUGAAACAUAGGGACAGAUUUUUUCCUCCAAAUCAUCUAUCACUUUGUAAAUUGAUCGACAUCAAUGGUGAGCUCAGUUUUCACUUGCAAAACUAUUGUAUUAAAAUUACUAACCUCUGUAUGCAACUUGUCUA